AGGAGCAACUGCACACGACAUUAACGAGAAAUAACGCCGCGCUUGUAUUUUUUGUCUAAGAGACAACGUGAACCGCCGUUGUGCGCUGGUAGUGGUGUAUAAGCAGAAUAUAUAAUAGCUGAUCGAACGACCGCCAAAGGAAACGCUACUCGCCCACGCCAGCAGCAGCAAACAAUAACAGCGUUAUAGUAACCUUCAAACUUGGCACAGUAAACAAAAGACAAGAAUAACAAACAAACUAGGCAUCAUGGAUGUGUUCCUAAUGAUCAGAAGGCAAAAGACAACUAUUUUCACGGAUGCUAAGGAGAACACAACAGUAGUAGAACUCAAACGCAUGAUUGAAGGCAUUUUGAAAGUACAGCCCGUGGAUCAGCGGCUGUACAAUCAGGAUAACGAUAUAAUGGAGGAUGAUAAUACGUUGCAGGAUUAUGGCGUGACGGUUUCAACGGCAAAGGCGCAGGCGCCCGCACAAUUGGGCUUGACAUUAAGGAACGAAGUGGGCGACUUUGAGACGCUUGAUAUCACACCAUACUCAUCACCACCAGACUUACCUGAAGUAAUGAAAAACCAAGAGGCCUCGAACGGACAAGAGCAAGUCGCAUAGAUCAAUAUUUGCCUACAGAAAAGUAAAACAGCCGAAAAAUCUAUAAAACUUAACAAAAGUGGAGUCGCUUGUCCUGUCCCAAACAGUCAACUCUCAAUACAAUGCAAAAUGUUUAAAAUUGUGCUAUGUAUUUCUACUCUGCGUGGUCACACAACAGUUAAAUAUGAUGCAUUUUAUUCGUUAUAUAGAGCGAGAAAAAAUACACAUUAUUUUUUAAUGCAA